AUGGAUCCGCGAAUCGCCUGGUUCCAACCAGAACAACGCGGACCCGCCAACAACCUGUGGAUGCAGAUUUGGGAGACGACGCAAGGGCUCGGUUACCUUCACGUCAACAACAGCUUCGGUAUUCUGAAAGCGAGCCUCAGCGCGGCGUCGGGAGCCGUCCUCCUGGCCGCGGGGACCGGGCCGCCCGAGUCGACCAUGACGAGUCCCACCGGGGACGGCGAGGUCUUGGAGAAGCGGGACUUUCUGCCAUUGGACACCGGCAACCGCAACCAGCGAGCGGCCCCGGCCAAUAACAGGGACCCGGCGGACGGGCACCCCAACAAGAGGAAACGGGACAACAAGGCGAGCACUUUCGGAUUCAACUCCAGCUUCCUAAACGGCGGCCCCGGGACGGAGGGCCGCGACGGCUACGCUGGCACGCCGUGGAAAAGCAGGAACUAUUCAGAGGGGAUCGUAGGGUUGCAUGAAGAGAUCAGAGACUUCUACGCCUACAUCUCGCCUCGGCCAGAGGAGGAGACGAUGAGGCUGGAGGUGGUGGACAGAAUUAAGGGCGUCAUUCACAACCUUUGGCCAAGCGCAGAGGUACAGGUGUUUGGAAGCUUCAGCACAGGCCUUUAUUUGCCAACAAGUGACAUUGACUUGGUGGUAUUCGGGAAGUGGGAAACGCUCCCGCUGUGGACACUGGAAGAGGCUCUCCGAAAGAGGAACGUGGCUGACAAGAACUCCAUCAAAGUUUUGGACAAAGCUACGGUGCCCAUCAUUAAACUGACAGAUUCCUUCACGGAAGUCAAGGUGGACAUCAGCUUCAAUGUGAAGAGUGGCAUCAAAGCGGCAUACCUUAUUAAGGAAUUUAAAGAGAAAUACCCUGUGCUGCCUUACCUGGUUCUGGUGCUGAAGCAGUUCCUCCUGCAGAGGGACCUCAACGAGGUUUUCACAGGUGGAAUAGGGUCAUAUAGCCUCUUCCUCAUGGCUGUCAGCUUCCUGCAGCUUCACUACAGGGAGGAUGUGUGCAGCCCCAACAUCAACUUCGGUGUGUUGCUCAUAGAGUUCUUUGAGCUCUACGGCCGCCAUUUUAACUACCUGAAAACGGGCAUCCGGAUAAAAGACGGUGGCUGCUAUGUGGCCAAAGACGAAGUUCAGAAGAACAUGAUGGACGGCUACAGGCCCUCCAUGCUCUACAUCGAGGACCCGUUGCAGCCAGACAAUGACGUCGGCCGCAGCUCUUACGGCGCUAUGCAGGUGAAGCAGGCGUUUGACUAUGCCUACGUGGUGCUCAGUCAUGCCGUGUCACCUAUCGCCAAAUACUACCCCAAUAAUGACACAGAGAGCAUACUCGGCCGAAUCAUCCGCGUGACUCAGGAGGUGGACGAGUACAGGGAGUGGAUCCGAAAGAACUGGGGAAGCAUGUCCCAGAAGGACUCGCCACUCAAUAGAAAUGAUGUGACGCUGUUCGAGUCCCAGCAGCUGGACCAAUGCAAUAACAACGUUCCAGAGGAGGACGACGAGGAUGACGACGAUGUGGUGGUGAUCCUGCCGACGAGGAGCAAAACCCUGUCGUCCAAUUCGUCGUCGCCGUCCGCUUCCCUACACUCGUCGCCGUCCUCGUCCCCUCUUUCGCCCUCCACCACGUCCUCCUGCUCCAGCGACGGGGACUCUGACGGCACGCCUUGUAAAACGGCCAAGCAGCAGUCGGGUCGAGCCACCAGCGCCCACAGAGAAAAGUCCACGGCGGUGAGCAAUCACCGGACGCAGAACCGAACGACCAGCACUCCAACUGGAGGCAACAAGGGGGGAAAGGCUCGCUCCCAGCAUAAAAACGGCCAGCAGAGCUCCCCCCGCUCCUCUGGAAACAGCAAAAAUCACCCGAGUAGCCGACCGCACCACCAGGGUAACGGCAAGAAGAGGAAAAACGUGCGAGAGACUGCACCGGAGGAGCUUUGCAGAUAA